GCUCCGUUCUGUGUAGAGCUGCAACGUUGAAUGCUAAAUGCGGAGUUGGUGACAUAAUCACCGUCUCAAUACUUAUCAGCUGAUCAUCAAACUCUGCGGGGGAGACACAUUCUCUACGUUUCUCUCUCUACAGCAGUAUCGGGGCUUUUAACAUAUCAGGUUGAUUUAAUGCAGGUCUGCAGGGGCCAAAAGGUGACCCUGAAGAGGAGCAGAUAGCUAUGAGUUUGCGAUUUGGCAUUGUCUAACAAGGAUGCCUGGCAUACCUUUAGUUUCUCGUGAAGUCAAUUACUCCAGAGACUCAGAUCAGAUGUGUCGCCAAGAACCUCGUGUUCUUUUGUCUCAAGAAGAGCAAACUGCAGCUGAAGAAAGCCUUUCAGUUUACUGCAAGCCUGUAGAACUAUACAACAUUCUUCAACGCCGGGCUAUUAAAAAUCCAUCAUUUCUUCAAAGAUGUUUGCACUACAAAGUACAAGAAAAGCACAAAAGAAGGGUACAAGUAUCAAUAUCCAUUAGUGGAGCUCUUGGUGAUGGACUGCAAACUCAAAACCUUUUCCCUUUGUACAUAUUAUUGGCUAGACCCUUUUCUGCUCCAAAUGGGGAGGUAACACAGCGUUCUAGUGUUUAUCACUUUAAAAGGGCCUUCAAGUUAACUGCAUUUCAUGGAGCCCCAACAAAGAGUAAAUCCCAAGCUAAAUUUAUUCUGCCUGAGAUCAAUAAAUUAUCAACAGAGGUCAAAUCUGGCUCUCUAGCAAUGUUGUUGGUGAGCUGUGCUGAUAUUACAAAUCCUAAAGAGAUUGAUCUAACCAAGGAUCAUAUAUUUUCUCCUUCAUGUAACAUUGGGGGUUAUUGCUUAAUGGGGAAGAUUCCACUUAAUUUUCUUCAUCUGUCAUGGGAGAAAUCUCCAAACUUAAGUUUAGGAGAGAGAGUUGAGUUGGUUAAAACUGUUAGCAUGCAAUCCUGUUUUAUGAAGUUGAGUUCUUCAGAUGAGGAGAAAUGUUUAUCUUUUCAGUUUCCAUAUAAUGCUGAAGCUGUGAGUAUAUUGCAGCAAGUACCAGUGAUGAUUUCUGCAGAAGAGCUUGGGGCAAAAGACAUAUCGCCUUAUGACUUGUAUUCAUACAACAAUGUUCCUACCAAUUCAAUGCCUCAUGUUAUAAGGCUGAGAACUGGAAAUGUGAUUUUUAACUACAAAUACUACAACAAUUUGCUGCAGAGGAGUGAAGUUACAGAAGAUUAUGCAUGCCCAUUCUGCUUGGUGAAAUGUGCAAGUUAUAAGGGUCUGAGACUUCACUUGGUGUCAUCACAUGAUCUGUUUCGCUUUGAGUUCUGGGUAAAUGAAGAUUAUCAGGUAGUGAUUGUAUCCGUGAAGUCCGAUACCUGCAGUUCUGAGAUUUUUGGCAGCAUUAUUGAUCCUAGACAACAGUCACUUUACUAUCGCCAUAAGCGAACGAGACACAAUAGAGGAGAGAAGGCAACUGAAAAAGCAAACGACAUGCAUGUGCAUCCAUCUGAAGCUAUGCCUGCAACUCUUAGUAACCACCUCAAAGCUUCAGGUGAUUCUGAGGCCAUGGAAGUUGAUAUUUCUAAUAGUCCUAAUAAUCCAACAACUGAUUUGACUGGACCAACAGAAUCUUCCCAAACCCAAACAGCAGCAGUGCCUGGAACCAAUAUUGCACCUCCUGCAUUGCUACAAUUUGCAAAAACAAGAAAGUUAUCAGUUGAACGAUCCAAUCCUAGAAACCAAGCUCUGUUGCAGAAACGGAAAUUCUUUCACUCUCAUAGAGCCCAGCCAAUGGCUUUGGAGCAAGUGUUUGCAGAGCAAGACAGUGAAGAUGAAGUGGACGAUGAUGUUGCUGAUCUUGAAGACCGAAGGAUGCUUGAUGACUUUGUGGAUGUUGCCCAAGAUGAGAAGCGAAUGAUGCAUCUAUGGAACUCGUUUGUCAGAAAGCAAAGGGUAUUGGCAGAUGCACAUAUUCCAUGGGCCUGUGAGGCAUUUACAAACUUGCAUAUAAAAGACCUUCUCGAGACCCCACAAUUGUGCUGGUGUUGGAGAUUAUUCAUGAUAAAGCUAUGGAAUCAUGGACUUGUGGAUCCCAAGACCAUCAACGUUUGUAACCUCAUACUAGACCAACACCAAAACCAACAGAUCGAUCCUACUACUACCACAACUAAAACUAAAAAAUGAUUCUUACAAAAAGUAGAGCCAAUAUGUUGUAAUUUAGAGUACCAUUUUGAUGUAACCAAUUAAAUCUUGUUAAAGUUAAAUUUCAAUGGGCCAAAUGAAAUUUUACAUUUAUUAAA